AUGGGAUCAAACAUCAAGAGUAUACCGGAGUUCCCAUCUACACUCCUUGAUGACCCACUGAUCUGCCAAGUUAUUGACAGUCUCCAGUUGUUCAACCUCACUCCAUCCGAGCUCAAGGAGUACGAGACUGAGGUAUCAAUGCUGGGAAAGAAUUGA